AUGGCAGGUUCCAAUGACCUCAUGACUCAUGGAAAUUCUUCAUAUCUUCAAUUCUGCGUCCCACUACUGAGUGCCGACCGUGAAACCCAUGUCUUUAAAGCAUCAUCCCGACCAUCUUCAGUGGUGGUUGCCCCUACUCUAGCAUCAGGUCUGGGAGGCGCAGGAAACAUCCAGAUGGGCCAGCUGCCGCCUGCGGCCAAGUUCGAUGAAGAAGAGCAACCCUUAACCAACAUCGUAGCCCCAGAUGGAGAACCGGAAUAUCCCGCGGCAUGGAAGUUGGCAGUCAUCACCAUCGCACUCUGUAUGGCUAGAUUCCUCGUGGCUCUGAUUAGUUAG